AUGGGCAUCUUUUCACGAAGAUUAAUCAACUAUAAUCAAGACCGCUAAUUUAAAGCAUUUGUCUAAGAAAAUAAAGAAGAAAAAUCAUAUCCUUCAAAUUUUAUAAAAACAUCCCGGUAUAAUUUAAUAGACUUUCUUCCAUUGUCUCUCUUAAUACAAUUCCAGCGAUAUGCGAAUAUCUACUUUUUGAUAACCGCAAUAUUACAAAGCAUUCCUGAAAUAUCUCCCCUAUCUCCUUUCGUAGCAAUAGCCCCAUUAGUUUUCGUAUUAGCCAUAUCUAUGAUUCGAGAAGGCUAUGAAGAUUACUAAAGGCAUGUAUCAGAUAAUGAGUAAAAUUACUAACAAAAGACCACCUAAAUAAUAGUAUAAAACCGCUCUGAAAUCUAACUCCCUUAUGCCAGAAUCAAUGUAGGAGACAUUCUCAAAAUCACUAAAGAUACUUCUUUUCCUGCUGAUAUGCUAGUAUUAGGAUCUGAGUUAGGUGGUCCUUGUUAUAUAGAAACAGGUGCUUUGGAUGGAGAAAAAAAUUUAAAACCGAGAUGUGCUUUGGCAAAUACAGCUCGCUUUUUUGAUACCAAAUCAGGUUUUUUCGACACUAAUAAUUCCUUCCAUUUAGAAGUAUAGGCAAAGGCUCCUGAUUAGAAUCCCAAUAGAUUUGAAGGUGCGAUUAAAUUUUAUCUUAAAAAUGAAUCCGAAACAGAGGAUAAAUUUGUACCUUCUAAUGCUAAAUAAUUACUACCAAGAGGGGCUUUUUUGAGAAAUACUGAGUAUAUUUACGGCGUAGUCGUUUAUACAGGCAUGGAUACUAAAAUUAUGAGAAAUUCAGAAUCCGCGAAGGCUAAAUGUUCCGAUAUGGAGAAAAAGAUGAACACUUUUAUACUUGGAAUUCUUAUUUUUUAACUCACUUGUGCCUUCGUGAUGUCAUCUUGUCAUUUUGUGUGGCUGAGAACUAACAAAAAUAUAUAUCCUUACUUGAAUUUAACUGAAAAUAAUGUAACACCUGCACUUUCUGCCCUUUUUGUUUUUUUUUCUUAUUUUAUUCUUUUCAAUACUAUGAUUCCGAUUUCUCUUGUAGUUUCUUUAGAAAUGGUUAAGGUAGCUUAAUCAUAUUUUAUUACUAAAGAUGAACUUAUGUAUUCACCUCAUAAUGAUAAAAUGCCAAAAGUACUCACAUCUUCAAUAAAUGAAGAAUUAGGUUAAGUCGAGUACAUUUUUUCUGAUAAAACAGGCACUUUAACACAAAACGAAAUGUAGUUUAAAUAUUGUGUAAUCGGAAAUACCUUAUAUGGAGAUAAAGUACCUAUGAAAAAAGCAUAAAAUAAAACGGUGCCCAUAAAGAAUCAACCUUUAUCCAUCCAUGAACAAAAAGCCUUGAUAUCAGAAUUUACUUUUGAAGAUUAUAUUUUAUCAAAUAUUUUAACCCAAGAAGCAGAUAUAAAAGAUAAUUUUAAUUUAAAUUAUGUAAUUAAAUCAAAAGAUGGAAAAUCUUCGUAUACUUUAAAAAAUCAAUACGAAUUAUCUUGUGAAUAUUUCAAAGCUUUAGGAAUUGCACAUGAAUGUAUAGUUUAAAAAAAUAAAGAUCCAUUAGACACUAAAAUGUACUAUUAGGGCCCUUCUCCGGACGAAAUAACACUUGUAGAUUGCGCCUAUAAUAUGGGAUUUACAUUUACGGGAAAUACUACAGACGGCGUAUUAAUGAAAAUAAACGAAAAAGGAGGCAUUCAAAAAUAAUAUGAGUUUAAAAGAUAUAAUAUAUUCGAGUUUUCAUCAGAUAGGAAAAGAAUGACAAUUAUUAUUGAAGAUAAUGGUAUCAUUAAAAUGUAUAUUAAAGGCGCAGAUAGUAUAGUAAUUAAAAGAUUGGUUGGUUUUGAAGAAAAUAAACCAAUAUUAGAUAAUAAACAAUAGCCUUUCCUUGAAAAUGCGAUUAAGAAAUUGACAGAAUUUUCAUCAGUAGGUCUUAGAACACUACUUAUUGGAAUAAAAAUAAUGUCUAGACAGGAACUUGAUGCUUUUUUGAAAGAAUAUUAAUUACUUUCAGAUUCUAAAGAUAGAGAUACUGAAAUGGCUAAAUUAGCUGAUAAAUAUGAGCAAGAUUUCUAUUUAUUAGGUGCUACAGCUGUAGAAGAUAAACUUCAAGAUUAAGUACCUGAAGUAAUUAAUGAUAUGUUAAGAGCAAAUAUAAAAGUAUGGAUGUUAACAGGAGAUAAACUUGAGACCGCAGAAAAUAUAGCAAGAAGUUGCAAAUUAAUAUUGAAUGAUUUCGAAUGUUUAACAAUAAGCGCCACUGACGAGAAAAUAAUCCGAAAAGAACUCAUGGAAAUUUAAUGGAGAAGGUUUAAAUACUGUAAAGAAAAUAAAAUCAGGAAAUGCUUUCUAAUAGAAGGAGAUGCUCUUACUAAAGUUUUCGAUGAAAGAAAUCCAGACUUAAAAAAAAGGUUUGUUUAAAUUACCAAAGAAUGUGAAAGUGUAGUUUGCUGUAGAGUUUCUCCAACCCAAAAAGCUUAAGUAGUCAGAAGUAUAAAAUAAUAAUUAGGAAAAGUUACUUUAGCAAUAGGUGAUGGGGCAAACGAUGUAAAUAUGAUUUAAGAAGCACAUAUAGGUUGUGGAUUAUAUGGAAACGAAGGUAUGAGAGCUGUUUAAAGUAGUGAUUUUGCACUUGGGUAAUUUAAAUGUUUAUGGCGACUAUUAUUAGUACAUGGAAGAUGGUCAUAUAUAAGAAUAUCAGAAAUGAUUAUUUAUUUCUUUUAUAAAAAUAUGAUUUUUACUAUUCCUUAAUUUUUUUUUGCUUUUUAUUGCGGAUUUAGUGGUUAGACAAUCUUCGAUGAUAUAUACAUAUCUUUGUACAAUUUAGUUUUUACAGCACUCCCAUUAAUAAUAAGAGCUAUUUUUGAUUAAGAUAUAAACUAUAAUUAUUACGAUUUACCAAAAGAAGUGAAACAAUCCUUGAUUAAAGAUGAUAGAAAAAAAAAAUUUAAAAAGUUUUGGAAAGUAGAAAAAAAUAUAUGA